AUGAAUUGCGCUUAGGAAUAGAAAGAAGAUUUGUAUAAACUUUUGGCUUCAACAAAAAAUAUUGAUGAAAAAGUAUUCAGGGUCAUAAUCGAAAUGCUUAGAAAAAAGAAUAACUCUGAUUGUUUAGAAUUUCUUUUAAAUGAGGAUAACCAAAAGUAUUACGGAUUAUACAUUGAUAAGUAAUAAAAAUUAAAUGACAUAACAAAUGACAUUAAGAAAAUUACUACAGUUAUGAAAAAUAUUGGCGAGCAUGAUUUUAAUAAAAAUAAUUACACUUAGAAAAUCUAUUAGAAAAAAAAGCAAUAUUUAAUUAAUAAAAUAUCUAAAGAAAAGACCAUUAUCAAUUUUUUUAAAUUUUUAGUUCACCUCACAGCAAUCGAUAAGAAAAUGAUAUAAUGUGGGUCAAAUUCCCUUCAUUUAUUAGUAGAAAUGAAAGUUGAUCUGAAAAACCAAUGCUUUGAAAAUAUACAGAUUAGAAAUACUUCUUUAAUUGGAGCUAAUUUUGUAAACUGUAAUUUUAGUGGAUCUUAAUUUGAAAAUGUAAAUAUAAGCGGACUGAAUUUAAACGGAGCUUAAUUAUUUUAUUGUAAAUGGACUAAUUUACUUAUAAAUGAGUUACAUCAAUUAAAUGGUCAUAGUAAUAGUGUUUAAUCAGUAAGCUUUUCUCAUGAUAGUACUAAGUUAGCAUCUGGUGGUGAAGAUAACUCUAUCCUUUUAUGGGAUGUUAAGACAGGACAACAAAAAUUUAAAUUAGAAGUACAUAGUAGUUCUGUCCGAUCAGUUUGCUUCUCUCCUGAUGCUACUCUUUUAGCCUCAGGUAGUGAUGAUAUGUCUAUCUGUUUAUGGGAUGUGAAUACAGGACAAAAAAUAUUUAAAUUUGAUGGUCAUAUUGAUAGUGUCAAUUCUGUAUGCUUCUCUCCUAAUGGCAUUACAUUAGUAUCUGGAAGUAAUGAUUGCUCUAUAUGCUUAUGGGAUAUUAAAACAAGAAAAAAAAAAACUAAAUUAUUAGGGCAUAGUGAUUAUGUCACAUCUAUAUGCUUCUCUCCUGAUGGUACUAAAUUAGCAUCUGGUAGUGGAGAUAAUUUUAUCCUUUUAUGGAAUGUAAAGACAGGGCAAUCAAAAUUUUAAUUAGAAGGACAUAGUGAUAGUGUUAAUUCAGUAUCCUUCUCCCCAGAUGGUAAUAAAUUAGUGUCAGCUAGCGAUGAUUGCUCUAUUCGUAUUUGGGAUGUUCAAACUGGAGAACAAUUAUCAAAAUUGUAUGGUCAUAUCGAUAGUGUUUAAUCAGUAUGCUUCUCUCCUGAUUGCACUGCAUUAGCAUCUGGUAGUUCAGAUAACUCUAUCAGUUUGUGGGAUGUUAAGACAAAAAAAUAAAAGUUUUAAUUAUAAGUACAUAGUAGUUCUGUCCGAUCAGUUUGCUUCUCUCCUGAUGCUACUCUUUUAGCAUCUGGUAGUGAGGACAAUUUAAUCAAUCUAUGGGAUGUUAAUACAGGACAAAAAAUAUCCAAAUUAGAUGGUCAUAGUGAUAGUGUCAAUUCAGUAAGCUACUCUCCUGAUGGUACUGCAUUAGCAUCUUGCAGCGAUGAUUACUCUAUAUGUUUAUGGGAUGUGAAGACAGGACAAAAAAUUAUUGAAUUAUAAGGACAUAGUGAUUAUGUCUAUUCAGUAUGCUUCUCUCCUGAUGGUACUGCUUUAGCAUCUGGAAGUGCAGAUAACUCUGUUCUCCUUUGGGAUGUUUAGACUAAAAAACAAAAAUUUUUAUUAUAAGGACAUAGAGAUUAUGUCUAUUCAGUAUGCUUCUCUCCUGAUGGUACUGCUUUAGCGUCUGGUAGUGCAGAUAGCUCUGUUCUUUUAUGGGAUGUUAAAACAAGAAAAAAAAGGUUUUCAUUAUAAGGACAUAGUAGAAAUGUCACAUCAAUAAGAUUUUCUCCUGAUGGUACUACUUUAGCAUCUGGCAGUGAUGAUUGCUCUAUUUGUUUUUGGAAUGUUAAGAUAGGAUUACAAAUAUAUAAAUUAGAAGGUUAGAAUUUCGAAGUUCGAUCAUUAUGCUACUCCCCUGAUGGUACUAUAUUAGCUUCUGGUAGUUCAGAUAACUCUAUCAGUUUGUGGGAUAUUAAGACAAGAAAACAAAAGUUUUAAUUAUAAGGACAUAGUAGAACUAUCACAUCAAUAAGCUUUUCUCCUGAUGGUAAAACUUUAGCCUCUGGGAGUAAUGAUCGCUCUAUUUGUUUGUGGGAUGUUUAGACAGGCAAAAAAUCAAUAUCAUUAGAGGGACACAGUGAUUAUAUCCAAUCUGUAUGUUUCUCCCCUGAUGGAACUACAUUAGCAUCUGGUAGUGGAGAUAACUCAAUCCGUUUAUGGUAAAUUAAGACAGGAUAAAAAAUUUAACCCUUGAAUAAAGAUUAGUAAGGAAUUUUUGAAAAAUUAAAAAUACCCUUUUUAAAUAAUUCAUUUUCAGAAAGUGGUAUGUAAUUUUAUUUUAUUUAGUUAAUAGUAAUUUUACUAUUUUAACUAUAUCAAAUUAACCCCCCGUAUUUUCAGCAUAAGGAGCAUUAAUAUUCAAAGGAGAAUUUAUAAAUCAUUUUGGCUUAGAUUUACUAUAGUUAUUUAAAUAAAGAGGAUGCUGUAUUUUGGAAAGCUAAUCAGAAUUUAAAUAAAAUACAAAACAAAAAUGA